AGCCGCUACCCUCCCAUUCAUAAAAUAGCCAUUUUCCCAGGCAGCGGUGGUUGCAGCAUCGCGGCGGCCGCUGACAGCGCCGCGCUCGCAGGUCCCUGCCCGCAGCUCCAGCGGCUCCUGCCAGGAUUUUCCCAGGUCCGGCCCCCUCCUCCGGCUCGGAUUUAGGAUUAACUCGCCUAUGGAGAGAUGGUCCUAGCUGAAUUACUUAAAAAUACUUAAGAACAGAUUUUCCACCCGUACUCAGACUGCUUGAUCAAUGGAGCCCCGGAUUCCCCACAACAUCACCGUUGUCCCCAACUCUGUGAUGGUCCAGCCCUUGCUGGACAGUCGGAUCCCCUAUGGGCGCCUGCAGCACCCACUCACCAUCCUGCCAAUAGACCAAAUGAAGACCACUCACAUAGAGAACGAUUACACCGACAAUCCCACCGCUGCCCAGCUGGCAGCCCAGAAGCGUCCCCGAGGCCCCCAUGAACUGGUCCUGACCAACCAGCCCCCGCAGCACUGUGAGCAGGAUGUCACCCACCCCUGGAUCUCCUUCAGCGGGCGCCCCAGCUCCAUCAGCAGCAGCAGCAGCACUUCCUCAGACCAAAGGCUCUUGGACCACAUGGCCCCAGCCCCCGUGGCGGAGCAGUCGUCCCCCCGAGCGGUUCGCAUUCAGCCCAAGGUGAUUAACUGCAAACCCCUGGACCUGAAGGAACCUGUGUCUCAGGAACUGGACAAGCACUUUCUGCUGUGCGAAGCCUGUGGGAAAUGCAAGUGUAAGGAGUGUGCGCUGCCCCGGACGCUGCCUUCGUGCUGGGUGUGCAACCAAGAGUGCCUCUGCUCGGCGCAGAACCUGGUCAACUACUCCACCUGCAUGUGUCUCGUCAAGGGCGUCUUCUACCACUGCACCAACGAGGACGACGAGGGCACAUGCGCCGACCACCCCUGCUCCUGCUCCCACUCAAACUGCUGUGCCCGCUGGUCCUUCAUGAGCGCCCUCUCCCUGGUGCUCCCUUGCUUGCUCUGCUACCUGCCAGCCACCGGCUGUGUCAAGCUGUCCCAGAGAUGCUACGACCAAGUGAGCCGGCCCGGAUGCAGAUGUAAAAACACAAACAGUGUCAUUUGCAAGGCACUGCCUGAGAGCAAAGGAAACAGGCCAGAGAAGCCCUUUUGAUAGUUUGGGAGGAUGGGGAGUGGGAGGACACUCCACAGUGGCAUUGGCUCUUUUUAAUAACCUGUGUUCUGAGGAUAACGUUAGUCUUUUGCAUCUGAAGAAAGCAGAAGCAACUGUUUCCACAAACUGAAGCACUUUGGGUUAUUCAGGGUUUUGGAACUGGUCAGAGUUCAAGUAGAUGGGGCCAAGGAGGAAUCUUAAUAGCAUAAAGUGAAGGCUGCAAACCUAUGUAUAUCGUGAAGUACAGCUGCUUAGAAACCCCUGGUUUGGACAGACGGCUGCUCACCAUGCCUGCACACCACAAGAACCAUUAACUGCUUGCUUGGCAGGCAUGGCCGCACAAGCAAUACCCAUUCCCAGCUGCAAACAGCUGCAUUGGAUUCGUAUCCAGGGUGGGCUCCUCGGUUUUGCUUUCCUUCCAAACCAAUUUGCUACCAGCAGCCUGUUGAAGGUGAUGGGUUGAGUCCCUCCGCCCUCCCUCCCCACCUGCACCCCGUUAGAGGGGCCCAUUGCACACAAAGUCCACGUUUCUCAACAGCUUUCCGUGUCCCUCAGAGGUCUGGA